CAACAGCGUUCCAUUGACUUGACACGUUAUAAAAUCCCUCGAUCCCCAGCUCCAUGGCCGCAAACCACCAGCUGCAGCAUCAUCUCGUCCAUCCAUCUUCAUUCCCAUCUUACUCUCAGCUCCGGCCCGGCCAUCCGCUAGCAAGCAAGCAAGCCCGAGAACGAGAACGAAGCAGGGCAUCCACCAUGGCCGUGCUGGUGGCGAGGCAGGGGCGCGAGCUGCAGCGGUACAGCCAGAGCACCGGCGGUCGCAUCGUGGUGGGUUGCAUCCCGUACCGCGUGCGGCCGUGCGACGGCGAGCUGGAGGUGCUGGUGAUCACGUCCCAGAAGGGGCACGGCAUGAUGUUCCCCAAGGGCGGGUGGGAGGUGGACGAGUCCAUGGACGAGGCCGCCCGGCGCGAGGCCCUCGAGGAGGCCGGCGUCCUCGGCGACACCGAGCCUGUCCUCGGCUUCUGGCACUACAAGAGCCGCCGCUACGUGGACCAGACCUACGAGGGCUUCAUGUUCCCGCUCCGCGUCGCCGACGAGCUCCACCAGUGGCCCGAGAUGGCCUCCCGCAAGCGCACCUGGGCAACGGUGCAGCAGGUGAUGGACGGGUGCCCGCACUGGUGGAUGCGCGAGGCGCUGGAGCGGCUGGUCGCGCGGCACGCCGUGCUGCAGUCCGCUCUCUGAUCGUCCGUCACCGAUCGGGGCAACAAAGAGGCGGCGGCGGCGGCGGGUGAGGAGCUCGCUCUCGCGGCGGCUCCGGCGAGAAAGGACCGGCAGCGCGAGGCAGCCACCACACGUCGCGGCUCUAUGUCUCUCUCGGUGCAGUGGCAGGCCGGCCGGCCCCGGCGUCGUUCCGGGGCUCGGAUUUGGUCGCCCUCACCGGGGAGUCGACGGCGCGCCGCGCGGCUUAGCGUUGUGCCGGUGCUUUUUUCUUGACCCCCUCUGCGUGCCUGAGGCCGGAGUCGUCGUUGGCAAAUAAAUCAAAUUAUUUUAUUUAGCGGGCAAAUGAUUGGACGAAGUGUAAACAAAACCAGAACUUGAUUAGUUCGUAAAGGGGUGGAACUGGAAGAGAACAGCAGCGCAAAACACAGCUCACGAUUCUUUCGAGUAACUGCAAAAAAUUGUAAAUUUUAGUAGUAACUCGUUUCUCGUACGAGGAGCUGUUUAAUCGAAGAAAGAAAAAUGUUUCACACA